CCUCGGCAACUGUUUCCCUUCACAAAUAAAAUCCAAAGAGAAAAAAAAAAAAAAUCAGACCGCCCUAAAGUCCUAUCGAAAUCGAAUCAUCUCCGAUUAACGCGACAAUGCUGAGGCUCGCGUCGAAGAGAUUGCUUGGGCAGGUGUUGCCACGGCCUCCUCAGGUGCUGCCGCGUUUCUAUCACGAGAACGUGAUCGACCACUUUAAUAACCCCCGUAACGUUGGUGCCUUCGACAAGAGCGAUCCGACGGUGGGCACGGGGCUUGUCGGUGCACCAGCCUGUGGGGAUGUCAUGAAGCUGCAGAUUAAGGUCGAUGAGAAGACUGGAGAGAUUGUUGAUGCUUGCUUCAAGACCUUCGGAUGUGGUUCCGCGAUUGCCUCCUCUUCUGUAGCUACUGAAUGGGUGAAAGGGAAACAGACGGAGGAAGUUUUAUCCAUAAAAAACACGGAGAUUGCAAAGCAUCUUUCUCUUCCACCAGUGAAGCUUCAUUGCAGCAUGCUUGCUGAGGAUGCUAUCAAGGCAGCUGUAAAGGAUUACCAAACAAAACGUGCAAAAGUUAAUGGCACCUCUGAUGCUGCACCUGUUGAGCAAGCUGCUCAAGCUUGAAGAUUUUCAUGCGUAUACUAUGAUAAAAAUGUCAUUUUCAACCCAAUGGCUAUCAUGCUGCUAAAAUAAUGGAUUGCACCUGAUCUUAACUGUAUGAGGCUGAGGUUCCAGUCCUGCUGAGGAUGGGUUUUGUAACAGAUAUAAUAGAAUAGUUCAUACUGUUUUAUCGGUGUUUACUUUGAAUAGAUGCUACGUAUGUAAAAUAUUUUCUUUUUAUUC